UACCCAGAGAGCACCAGCUUGGCACAUGACCUGCAGUUUGACCUAUGGGCUUCUGGCUCAGCCCCCCCUUUAAAAGGGGGGCAGCCAUUACAAUCUCGCUCUUAGCUCUUACACCAGACCUUUGCUGAGGCACAGCCAAGUACAGACCUCAGAUCCAACAUCCAGUAAACCUGGAGGCCACCAGCCUGCAUAUGUCAAAUAACAAUCAUGGUUGGAAAAAUUCUCCCUAAGAAACUGGCCAAAGGGGUGGAUUUCUGCGGAGUCGGUAAAUACUAUUACAUUGUCCGAUCGGAUCUUACUUGCUACAUGAGAUCAACCAAUUUUAACCGGGCAGAAGAUCUGGAAGUCUUCAGCUUGCAUCCUUCUUGUAGAGACGGAGACCAUUAUCUGGCUCAUAAAGAUGACCUCUUCUACAUCAUAAAGGGAAAUAACUAUCGCCGUGUGACAAACAUGAACAAGGAUGAAGAUUCUGUGGUUUACACCUUACAUCCCAAUUGCCAGGGAGGCGACCACUACCUGUCAGCUUUCGAUUACUUCUAUAUCAUCUAUCAGAACCGAGGUGUUUACCGUCGGACCAAGAACAUGAACAAGGAUGAAGAAAGUGAAGAAUUUCCUCUCCACCCCAACUGUAAGGAUGGCCUUUACUAUUUCGGCACCAGUGAUUACUAUUACUUUGUGAAGCCCCAUGAUGAGUGGGGGAUCCAAUACCUACGAAGCACUAACUUCAACAAAAAUGAGAAUUCUGAGAUCUUCUCCUUCCAUCCCAGUGUCAUCAACUUCCUACCAGGGGGUUUAGCUAUUACCAAGGGGCCAUCUUAUGGUACCUGGGUGUGUAUCAAGACUAUAAGCAAUGAUUCACAGACUCCUGUUGAGUGGAAGAAGAGGGUCACUAAGAAGACUGGAUAUGAAAAGGAGAAGAUGUGUAGUAUAGAGCAUAAGUGGAACACGUCCCUUACCGUCUCAACAGAAACUGGUGGUCUGUCAUCCUGCAUUGCCAAGGCCACAUUCGCUAUGACAGCUGAAUAUGGUGGAUCCAGCGUCAACACCGAGAGAGAAAAUUGGAGUGAAGCUACUGAAAUUGAGGAGACCAUCACUGUUACUCUGAAAGCCAAUGAGAAGAUCUACAUCUGGACAUAUGAACUUGGUUUGGGUAAAGAGCCUGUGCUGCACUGUCGUGAUAUGAGAAUCCUAAACACUUCAAACCCCCCAACUGAUAAUCCAUUACCCCCCGCUGCAAAUUAGCUUUCAAAGAGACAAUGGGGUCCGAGGAAACUUUGGCAAAGUGAGCAAAUUGUCAAGGCCAUGACGUAAGAAGCGUUAUAACAUUUAGAAAAUGAUUGCAUUGUCCAACAAGACUAUAGGUUUAUUUACACCCCAUAUAAUAGGGCUCUGGCUUAAACAGGAAUUAAUCCCAUUAAAGGGAAAAAAAAUUCAAAUCAACAGGUGCUGGAAAGUUAUACAGGUUAAUCCUCCCAGUACUUAUCAGCUGCUGUAUGCUCCAGUGGAAGUUGUGUA